AUAACCCUGGAGGAGGCGGCUCCCAGGACCAGCCAAGCCUCCAGGAUGCACCUCCGGGAGGAUUUGAGGAAGAUUCGGUGCGCGGUGCUGCUCUGCCUGCUCUCCGUGCUGGUCCUGGCGCUGCCCACUGCCUACCUGCUGGUUGGAAACCUCCAAGCCCCCAGCUCCUGCACCGGCCAGGUCACAGAAGAGAGGGGCUCUCACUUUCUGAAGCAACGGGCAGUAACUUCUGUUACAGAUACACUUUCCAGUGCAGAAAAGCCCAGAGCACACCUGACAGUGAAGAAACAAGACUUCACCAACACCGUGGGAAACCACCUGCCCAUCCUGCAGUGGGAAGACAAGCGAGGCUUGGCCUUCACCAAGAACAACCUGAGUUACUCCAGCAACGCACUGGUGAUACCUGUGUCUGGGGACUACUAUGUCUACGCUCAGGUCACUUUCCGAGGGCCCAUUGAAGGUCACAGUAAAACCAGUUCUGUCACUGAGAUCAUCACCAAAGUCACUGACAGUUACCCCGAGCCCACCAAGCUGCUGACGGGCACCAAGACCCUCAGUGAAGAGGGAAACAGCUGGUUCCAGCCCAUUUAUCUGGGCGCUGUGGUCUCCUUAGAAGCAGGAGACAAGCUGAUGGUCAACGUUAGUAACAUCAAGCUGGUGGAUUACACCAAGGAGCACAAAACUUUCUUUGGAGCCUUUUUACUGUAG